GAGAGGGAAGAGAGAGGGAAGGAGACGCUGAGAGAGAGAGAGAGAGAGAGAGAGAGGGAAGGAGACGCUGAGAGAGGGAGAAGGAGACGUUGGGUCAGAGCAGGUAGGUGCACUUUCAAUGCAGCUGCGUUUCCACCACCCUCUCCCAAAUUCGACAUGGAUAGCCGUUGCCUGUAACAAAGUAACCUGUGACUUGAAAAACACCUAAUUCCUCUGUUACAUUUCUUGCAAUCUUACCUGAUAGAAAGUUACGGGUUGAGACUGGGUUACCUGUAACAUUUCUCCCCCAAACACAAACUGUAAGAAAGUCAACUGUAACUUUCUUACAUUUUACACAAGUUACAGGCAUCCAAACGGCCCCUUACAGGGAAGUGACUUUUCACUCCCAGCCCCUGCAGUUUCCUGGAAGAUUUGGAAGAUUUGCCUGUAAGUGACUUACAACAGGCAUCCAAACAGGCCCAAAGGGAUCCAUUUUCAGGCAACAUGACCGGAGAAGAGCCUUGUGCUAACGUGGGCGGGGGUCUGAUAGUGGCCAACAACGAAACGAUCCGCUCUUUCCUCCACUCCGCAUCCCAAAAUCCCCAACUCUCCCAAUCCCUUUGCGAAUCCGCGUCCAAUCUCUCUCAUGAGAACUCGAUCCCCUACAAAACCUUACGAGAUAUAUGGUCUGCUUCUCCCUCCUUUUCCCGCCCGAAACUUCGUCUCCUCUUCUCCGCCUCCGAUUUCGUCUUCAGCAGCCCUAAACCUAGAGAAAAGAGCGAAGAGCUCAAGGAGAGAUUGAGGAAGCUUGCUGAGCUGGCGGAGAAGAAUGAGUACGAGGAGCUUGUCAAAGAUAUCAAGCCGAGGAAGGGAAAUGAUGAGCCAUUCUCGUCAUAUAAAGAUCAACUUGGGUUUGGUCUGCAUGUUGCGCUGACGAUGUUUACUGGCUUUUUGGUUGGAUAUGCUGCAUUCAGAGCUUUGUUCAAUCACAGCGCUGUCAUGAAUGCUGCAGGAGGCAUCUUCGGACUGGUGUGUGCCAUGCUCCUUGAAACAGUUCUUUUUAUUAUUAGAACCUCCAGCCAAAACAUUCCGUCCUCAUCUUCCAUUUCAAAGCAAAAGAAACAUCAGUAGCAACAUAUUUUCUCUGAGAAGGUUGCCCCCUGCAUUUGUUUUUGUAACAUAAAGAGGUCCCAAGCAUAAUAUUCACCAGCAUCACCUAACAUAGUCUGAAUUAAAUUUUCAGCAUUCUUGUUGAUGUAAGCUGCUGUUACGUCUCCUUUUAUGAAUAAUUAAUGUUGGUUUAUCA